UAUUAGAUUUUGAAGUUAAUUCCAAAUAUAUAUUCAUAUAUGCUUAGAUUAAAUCUUAUUUGUUUUAAUCACAAAUAAUCUUAAAGGGUUAUAUACAGUUAGGAGGUCGAAAAAAAAGCAUUUUUCAAGAAUUUUUUCCAAGUGGCUAAAUGAGCUUCUGAGCUACUUUUCUAUUUUUCGAGUCCAACUCUACGAGUCAAAAAGGUGAGUACCGGUAGUGUUUGCAAUAUUUUAUAUAUGGUCAUUCGAGCCGUACCGGACGGCACUUGUGGUGACACAAAUCAAAAAAAAAAAAAUAAUAAUAAUAAAAAAAGUCAAUCGCGGUGACGCGCCGACGCGGUAAUAACAUCAAAACAAAAAAUCUUAUGAAAACCUCUGUACAAACAAAACGGCAGUGGCUAAGUGAAAAUGCAAAUUAAAAAAAAAGAACGGACAAAUUGUGAAAGCUAUAAUACAAAAUAGCGGAAAAGUAACUAACUGAAAAAAAGAAUAAAAUAAGGAAAAUUGUGAAAGCUGUAAGAAAAAUUUUGGAAAACCGGCGGACUAAGUGAGAAAAAAACGGAAAAAUUGUGAAAACUGUGAAAUAUGCUGGUAAAAUACGGUGGUGACAGCUAAAAAAGCCGUUGGGAGAAAAAUAAGUAUAGAAUUGGGAAAAAGAAAAAAACAAAAAGAAAGCCUGUGGUGAGGGAAAAGAAAAAAAAAGGAAAAAAACUAAUUUGAGAGAAAACAGUGGUAGCAAAGUGUGAAAAAGAAAGAAAAUUAACAAAAGUGUGAAAAAGGUGAACAAAAGUGCGGUGCUAAACGUUAAAUACUCACAUGUAUGUAUGGUAAAACAAAAAAAAACCAAAGGGAAAAAGUGAGGUGACAAAGUUGUGGUGCGCAGACGGAAAAAGUGGAGACAACAAAUAAAUUUCACAUUGCUGUGAAAACGAAACCCAAAACGAGACAAAAGAGGAACAAGGAAACACAACAACUACGCCAGCACCAAAAGGACUGGGGAGAGGAACAACAGGCACAAGCACAGGCACAGGCACACGCAAAUUCAGGUACAUUCACUCACUCAAAUAUUAUCCCCAAAAGCUCCUGGCGGAAAUCAAAAUGAGUGGUAUCGUUUCCUAUCAAUAUCUAUAUCUUUUUAUACAUAUGUAUAUGUAUGUUUAAAAUUCAAAAACAAAAAAUUUUUAAAUUGUGGUCUGACCAAAAUUCCGGUCAAAAAAGAACAGAAAACCGUUAUCAAACUGUUUUCGGUAACCGAUUUAUUUUCGGGUAGAAACCGAGAAACCGCAAACAAAGCAGUUUGAUAUUGUAUAUAGCGGAUUAUUGAUUGCCGGUAAAUGCUUACCGUUGUGUUAUUAUAACACAAAAACUAUCCCAAAAACAAAACAAAAAAAAUUUAAGUAUUGACUUGCACAAUUUUCCAGCAAUACCCCCUGUACUUAAUCAAGUAUAAGCCGGAUUGCUUAAAAUAAGCUACGGCAAUCGUAAGCAAAAAUAAGAAUAAAAGCAUAUGUAUGUUAAAAUAACAUCUUUAUAUUAUAAAUACAUACAUACAUAUGUAACGGGUGAUUUUUUUGAGGUUAGGAUUUUCAUGCAUUAGUAUUUGACAGAUCACGUGGGAUUUCAGACAUGGUGUCAAAGAGAAAGAUGCUCAGUAUGCUUUGACAUUUCAUCAUGAAUAGACUUACUAACGAGCAACGCUUGCAAAUCAUUGAAUUUUAUUACCAAAAUCAGUGUUCGGUUCGAAAUGUGUUUCGCGCUUUACGUCCGAUUUAUGGUCUACAUAAUCGACCAAGUGAGCAAACAAUUAAUGCGAUUGUGACCAAGUUUCGCACUCAGUUUACUUUAUUGGACAUUAAACCAACCACACGAAUGCGUACAGUGCGUACAGAAGAGAAUAUUGCGUCUGUUUCUGAGAUUGUGGCUGAAGACCGUGAAAUGUCGAUUCGUCGCCGUUCGCAGCAAUUGGGUUUGUGUUAUUCGACCACAUGGAAGAUUUUACGCAAAGAUCUUGGUCUAAAACCGUAUAAAAUACAGCUCGUGCAAGAACUGAAGCCGAACGAUCUGCCACAACGUCGAAUUUUCAGUGAAUGGGCCCUAGAAAAGUUGGCAGAAAAUCCGCUUUUUUAUCGACAAAUUUUGUUCAGCGAUGAGGCUCAUUUCUGGUUGAAUGGCUACGUAAAUAAGCAAAAUUGCCGCAUUUGGGGUGAAGAGCAACCAGAAGCCGUUCAAGAACUGCCCAUGCAUCCCGAAAAAUGCACUGUUUGGUGUGGUUUGUACGCUGGUGGAAUCAUUGGACCGUAUUUUUUCAAAGAUGCUGUUGGACGCAACGUUACGGUGAAUGGCGAUCGCUAUCGUUCGAUGCUAACAAACUUUUUGUUGCCAAAAAUGGAAGAACUGAACUUGGUUGACAUGUGGUUUCAACAAGAUGGCGCUACAUGCCACACAGCUCGCGAUUCUAUGGCCAUUUUGAGGGUAAACUUCGGAGAACAAUUCAUCUCAAGAAAUGGACCCGUAAGUUGGCCACCAAGAUCAUGCGAUUUAACGCCUUUAGACUAUUUUUUGUGGGGCUACGUCAAGUCUAAAGUCUACAGAAAUAAGCCAGCAACUAUUCCAGCUUUGGAAGACAACAUUUCCGAAGAAAUUCGGGCUAUUCCGGCCGAAAUGCUCGAAAAAGUUGCCCAAAAUUGGACUUUCCGAAUGGACCACCUAAGACGCAGCCGCGGUCAACAUUUAAAUGAAAUUAUCUUCAAAAAGUAAAUGUCAUGAACCAAUCUAACGUUUCAAAUAAAGAACCGAUGAGAUUUUGCAAAUUUUAUGCGUUUUUUUUUUAAAAAAAAGUUAUCAAGCUCUUAAAAAAUCACCCUUUAUAUUCCAUUUUGAAAUGUUGUAUAAAACCAACCAAUCAUCAACAACAUUCCUUAAAUCUCAAUGAAAAUAUUUGUGUUACCAUACACAUACAUACAUACGCACAAAGUUUGUUUACUUUGUUUAUUCUCUCUUGCUCUUCUAAUGUGGAUCAUUCACAAUGCGUAACCAGCUGUCAACAUUACUUGAGAAAUAAUGUUUUUUUUUUUCUUGAGCAAUUACUUGAGAGCUGCGUACCAACCUUUAGUUGGAAGCUAAAAUAUAAAGGAAUUAAUUAUAUACCAUAUAUGUAUCCCUUUCAGACCUAGCUUAAUCAGUUGUGAGAUCUGCUGUUUUUCGCCUUCAAUGACGUUCAAAUAUUAUUUUAUAGCUUUGUUACCGAUAUGUAAUGAUUGUGCGUUCUCUUGUGGUCUCACUCUAAACCAAAGAAAACUAAAAAAACUGCACAAAAUAAACAAAAGAGUGAGCUGUUUGAGAACGUCAUCCGAUAAGUGUAAACAUGCGGCCACAUAGUAAGUAUUUAUUUAUUUGUUUUACAUAAAUUUAAAUCAUAAGUAGUGAAUUUUGUUGAUAAAUAGUAAGUGUGUUCGAUCUUGUCACAAUAUAAUGUUGAAUUGUUUAACAUUUUCAGGCAGCUAGGUGUUAGUAAAGUUGACAUAUCACAAUUGUGCUAUAUAGGCACAGCAUGUUUUUUUGAUGUAAACUCACGUUUGUGCUAUCUUACAUAUUUUUUACAGGAAAAUACUUUGAUUUGAAUAAUGAUAACGACGUUCAAGCUGCAUUAGACCUCUUAGACGAUUCUGAUACAGAUUUCAGUGACGAUAAUGAUGAAACUUGGGUACCAUUCAACAUUUUCCCAGAAUCUCCAGCAAGUGAUGAAGAUGAUAAUGAGAAUGCAACUGCAUCUGCGACUGCAUCAGCAAUUUCUCAGGAUGAUUCAAGUGUAGUAGCUCCGCAAACAUCACGGCCAAUCAUUAUUUCUAAUAUUUUGUUAAAUGCAGCACAGCCAUCAUCUAUCAGAAAUGUUUCACUAAAUACGACUCAGUCAUGCACUUCCACAAGUAAUACAGCGAAAAGACGUUAACUAUGGAAAAGUGCUCCAUUUGACUGCAACGAUCUACCCAUUGCAUCUGGUUGUCAAAACAUAGCAUUAGUGAAAACACCAUUGGAGUACUUCAAGAAUUACUUCCCAGAAUCGCGAUGCUAUAAAAUUUACAAAAAUGUACGUUAUGAGCACACGUGGGCAGGAAGUCCGAUAUCAACAAGCCGAUUUUAAACGAUUUUAUGGAUGCGCAAUGAUAAUGGGGUGUCUUGGAUUUCCGAAAAUAAGAAUGUACUGGUCACAUGAAUUCCAAAUUCCUGCAAUUUACAAUUCAAUGUCACGUGACAAAUUUUUGCAAAUGCGAUCGGACAUUCACUUUGCAGAUGUUUCUGUGCAGGACCCCUGUAACAAAUUAUGGCGCGAACAACCUGUGAUCGAUUUAGUAAGAAACCGUUGCAAUAAUUUAGCAACUGAAAUAACACAGCAUUUAAUAGAUGAACAAGUUAUUCCAUUUACUGGAAGAUGCCCUGCGCGUCAAACAAUUCGAUCAAAACCAAGACCUACUGGUCUAAAAAAUUUGGUAUGUGCAACUGCAAGUGGCAUGAUAGUGGACAUUGAAGUUUUUGAAGGCGCUGGCACUUUUCAAGAUUGUGGUUUAGGGCAUGGCCCGUCUAUUAUAAUGAGGCUAACAAAACACCUUCCAAAAGGCAGCCAUAUAUAUUUUGAUCGCUUUUUCACAACAAUACCCCUCAUUCAGUCGUUGCACCAAAUCGGUUUCCAUGGAACAGGAACUAUAAUGGCAAAUCGAUUGGACAAAAAUUUGAAAUUUCCCCAGGACAAGGAAAUGAAUAGGGGUGAUAUUAUCCAGUUCACGAACGGUGACAAUGUAGCCGUUGUCAAAUGGAAAGAUAGCAAAGGUGUCGUAGUCGUUUCCAGCCAGUGCGGCAAAGACCCCAUCGGCGAGACAGAUAGGUGGAACAAAAAUAUGAAACGCCGUUGCCCUGUGCAUAUCCCAAAAGUUAUAGAAAAUUAUAAUGAACUUAUGGGGGGUGCCGAUAUAGCUGACCAGAUGCUUGAAAACUGCAGGAUAAAAAUGAAAAUCAGGAAAUGGACUGUAAAAGUAUUUUUUCAUUUUCUUGAUCUGGCUGUAUUCAACUCAUGGAUGGAGUCUAAAAGAGAUGCCAAAUUAGCCGGCCUGCAUAAGUCCAAAGUUAAGCCCUUUUUAACGUUCUAAAUGGAGCUGGGAACAGUACUGGCGGGAUAUUAUCAAGCUCCUGACUAUGUUGAACCGUUUAAAAUCGAUGAAAAUAUGUAUGGAACGAAGAAUCGAUCACAUGACGCGCCUGACGACGUAAGUUUUGAUCGCUACGAUCAUUGGCCCUCUUUCGCAGAUGAGGCACCUAGAGUUUGCCGCAAUAAUUGCGGUAGUCGGACAAGAGGACGUUGCCAAAAAUGCCACGUCAGCUUUUGUCUAGCAAAAAACAAGGAUUGUUUUGAACAGUACCACACAAAAGCCUAAAUAUGUUCCUUAUUAAUUAGCUAUUUUAUUCUUAAGGCAAUGAAGUACCUAACAUUUUUUUCUAUUAAUGCAUUGAAUUUUCGGCAUGACUUUUUGUUCAUUUUUUUUCAAUAAAAGAGAAAACCAAAUGUUAUUUUU